AUUUAAAUUGCGACCCACUUAGCGCCCACAUAUUUUCACUUCCAGCUUCCAUUUCCAGCUCUCCCGUUUUAGUGGAACAGAACAACCUACUGAAUUGCUUUUUCAUAACUGAAUUAUUCUGUUGCUUAUAGUUUUUUUUUCACUUCUACCCUUCAUAAUACGCCUAAAGAGGAACAGUUAGCUUUUAAUACCAAAGUUUUGAUUUUUCAAGUAUCCCUUAAUCCUGUUAUUGGUAGAAUUUUUGCUUGAAAUCAUUACUCAAGAUCUUCUCGACGCUGUUUACUGUUUGGCAGAACGUGAAAUGCUACAAAAAACAUUAGUUGUGUCAUAUCAAAAACGACCAUUUAAAACUCAUAUGAAGAUCCACAAUUUCUUGUAAAAAAAAAUUGAAGCAAUUUAUACGGAGUUAGUUGUAAAAUACUCAAGGUUAUGGUUUAAAAGAUGGAUCAUCAGAAAUAAACAAAAGGUAAUAGUUGCAAAGUAGGGGAACCAUUGUUCUGCUGACACUUCAGAAAAAUCUUCCGGAUGAAGGAAAUUUACCCAAUCAUUUAGCCCCGCCCAAAGCAGAGCCCUUCUUCAAUUAAGAAUUCUGUCCCUGAAGAUUAGAAACUAUCGACAUUACCCACUCAAAAGUGUUCCUGUCGCGGCUAAAACCUACAAAAAUUAAGUUUGGAAUCCUUGAAAUCAGUUGAAAUGUCUCGAUUGAACUCCCCGCCGUCAUUAAACAGGGGAACCUGGACCAACUCGUCUAAAAAUCUUCGAAACAUGCCAUUAGUGUUACUAAUUACGAUAUUUUGCGUGAUUCUGGCAACCGGACCUCCUUGCGUAAGCGGAGAGGUCGGGAACGGUAUAGACGGCGGCUCCUCGAGAUCCGACGAUGGUGGCGAAGGUGUGAAAAGUGUGUUCGUGCGUGAACCCGAGGAUGUGUGGGUUGUGAAGAGUGGGGGGUCGAAAGGGGGGUUGGAAAAGGGGGCACAGGUCGGAGCUGAAGUGUUCUGCAGUGCAGUUGGCGUGAUCAAAGUGGUGUUCUAUUGUGACGGCGUCCCGGUGUCCAAGAAGAACCAAGUCACCACCACUGAUGACGUCUCGAAACAGACCAACAGUUUCAUCACUUUUUCGCGGGACGAAGUAGUGGAUGGGGCGAGUGGAGAUGUGCUGAUCAAUCAGUGCUACUGCUCAGUCUAUGUCUCAGUCUCCGAGGAGAGGAAGUCCCGCACGGCCACCAUACGCGUAGCUAGCCUCAAGAAGGAUUUUUUAUCUGACCCGAUAUCGAAACGAGUUGCAGUGGGUAGUCCAGUUGAACUGCAGUGCCGACCGCCCGAAGGGGAGCCGAAACCCGAAGUGUACUGGCUCAAAGAUGGGGCCAAGGUCAUCGGGUCUCGUUUCGUAGUGGGGGAGCAAUACCCGACUUUAAUGAUAACCGAAGCUACGUUCGCAGACACGGGAGAAUACAUUUGCGUGGCCAAAAAUGUGUUCACGCAAAGAGAGUCAUACCCGGCCAAAUUGGAUGUUUAUGAGGACGGCGGCUGGUCGGACUGGUCUCGGUGGAGCGAGUGCAGCAGUGAGUGUGGGAAGGGAACUCUAAGCAGGAGCAGGAGCUGCAACAAACCCCCACCUGUCAACGGUGCAGACUGCGAGGGCAAAUCGGACGAAACUGCCGACUGCACUAUUGUAUGCCAAGACCCGAAUAGUGUACGUGGGGCUAACGGGGGUUGGGGGGAGUGGGGACCCUGGAGUCCCUGUAGUCAGAAGUGUGGCCAGGUGAGAAGAAGAGACUGUGCUGUUAGACGAGCAUCAGGGGGAGGGGUUUUGAAGACAACUGACAGUGACCAAGGAGCAUUCAGUGGAAGUACUCCAUGUCAAGGUGAAUCAGUGGAGCACAGAAACUGCAGUGGGGACUAUUGCACCUUCAUCAGUCUGGGAACAGCUCCUCCGAAGAGAAACAACAAACCAGCUCAGCCUGUACAAGAGAGUAAUCUGGCACUGUACUUUGGCCUCAUUACCAUCGUUGGUCUGUUCAUCAUAGUGGUGCUGGUGAUCGUGUUCUUCAUCCAGAGAAUGAGCAAGUACGGGGUCAUCUGUGGGGGUCACACUCUGGGGGGACCACAGGGGGCAGGGGGGGCUGUGAGUUACAUGAGUCAUGAGCCAUACCACACAGAGGCACUGGCCAUGUCCGGAAAAUACAGAGAGGGCCCGCAGUAUCCAGCUGGACACUACACUAUGCAAACCGCAUACCAUCCAAACAACUUCGCGCUCUCGUCCUCGACCGGAAACUCCCUCUCAAAUGGGACCCAUCUGUACUCCUCAGCCGCGGGUGGCAACUUCCCCCACCCUUCUCUAACUUUUCCAAAUGGGGGGCUUGUGUCGCCUAUCACCUCGUGCACAGCACCUAUAGCCUCAUCCCAAGUCACUAACGGGGGUUCGGUUCCAGUAGGGAACUUUUUCCUGAUGCCCGCUGCUCAGUACGGACUCUUUCAAGGCGACUUGGUACCAACUUCAAAAAUGGGCAUGAACAACCCAGAGAGCCCGAAGAGUUAUCACAUGGGGCCAGGUAGUGAGAAAAAUGGGUAUACUUUGGGUGUGCAAUUGGGACCUAGUGGGAACCCUACAUUUCUGCCCUUCAUGGGACCACAUUCGGAUAGGGCUUCCAUGAUGAUGGAUCACUACGAGGAUCUGCCUGAAGAUGUUCCUCUCGCUUUGGCACAGGAGUACCAAAUGAAAGCCCUUCAAAACCAGCAAAUGAUAGUACCGCAUUUUGCCGAUUACGCAAUCAAUAUAGAACCCCACUGCAUAGCGAGGGGCAAAGUAGGCUUCGCUGGAGGUCGGCUAUGUAUCCCAGACUCCAAAGUAUCUCUUCUGAUUCCUGAAGGCGCAGUUCCCCGAGGAGCCAUGCAAGAUGUCUACAUUGCUGUGUGUCGUGACGAACGGCAAAUUCCGAGCUUAGUCGAUAAACCAAAAAGCACUCUUUUAAGCCCGGUUAUCAUGGCCGGACCUCCGGGUCUAAAGUUUAACAAACCAGUCGUUCUAUCAUUUGAACAUUCGGCUAGAGGAUCUAUGUUUGAUUGGUUCCUUAAGGUGCUCUCAGGUCCGAAUUGGAGCGAUACUAUUUCAGUCAGCGAUUCGAGCUCACAAAAUUCAGGAUCUCAGAACAACAACAACAACUCUUCCUCGCCAACUGGUGAAAUGUUUUGUCAAGUUGAUCCCGCAACCUGUUACUUAAUGAGCGACACGGUCAGAGGUCAAUAUGCUUUAAUCGGAGGCCAGCAGAACGCGGCAACUCUGGUCAUUAAGAGUCUGCGAUGUGUCACUUUCUGCUGUUUGCCCCCUAAAAAUAGCUCUGGAACAGCCCAGGAACUGACGUUUAGAGUGUACUGCAUACCAAACUAUCGAGACACCUGGGAGUUCGUGAACGAAUUGGAGCGGCAGUUUGGGGGCACUUUGGUAUGUGAGUCGGUGGACCUGGAUCUGGUGUCCUACUCGGAACCCCUCAAAAUCGCCCUCGGAGACCUCAGUUCAGGAUGGAUCACCAAGUCCACUCAGCAGGAAAUUCCGUUUGACCAUCUCUGGAAUAAAGUGACAUGCCACACCCAACAUGCCAGCUUCGCCCUCUUGCGACAUAAAAAAGACGCAUCUCUCGAAUCUUUGAGCUUCAAUGUCAAAGUGUCGCAGGGAUCCUUCCAACACAACUUCAAAUCACUCGCAAUAAAAAUGACCUCUGCUCACCUGAACUCUGUCAACAACACUUUGCCAAUUUUUGACCAUUCGAAUGAGACGAAUAGCGGCGUGGCCAAUUCGGACUCAUCAGGAAGCGCCGACAACUCUCGGAACCUCUCGGCCGAGUCAGCUUCUAUGUUUGUGUUCCGACUAUCUCACGAAGUUCGUCAGCGAAUGAUCGAAACAUUUGAUAAGAACCAUGGCAAAAACUGGUACCAUCUUGCGGCCAUGUUGAAGUUAGACCAGUUUCAGACUUAUUUUGCCACCAAAACCAGUCCUACCGAACAUAUUCUAGAUCUCUGGGAAGCAAGACAUCGCGAUAGAAACUCUAUAGGCCAACUUGUGGACAUCUUAAAAUCCCUAGGCCAGUUUGAAAUUGCAACCUUGAUCGAGCACGAUUUAGCCGAAUGGCUGUAGAGAAGAAAAAUUGCGAUUUUAUCACUCCCAACAACCGCCAAAUUCAAUUUUGAUUGACUUAAAACUUAAAUUUCUUGUUCUUUUUUUGUAAUAAAUAAUUAUUAGUUUUAAUAUUUACCUAUCAAUAGAUUUUUGAAUACUUGU